CUCUGUGUCUGCUACUCUACUCUUAACAGAAAAACAGAAAAGAAAAAGAUCUUCUCGAGAAAAUAUCAGUGGAAAACCAGAAAAUAGGAGAAAAAACAGAAGCAAUCGAGAGCAUCCGAUUUGAGGGGUUCUUUCCCAGCUCUCUCAUGUCGUCUGAGAGUAUCGACGGAUGGGAUUUACUGGAAUUUUGGUUUAAUGGUAGUGAGAAAACUGAUCAAGUUGGAAGUUGGUAUCUGAUCAAAUACAGAAUUUCAGAACAUGGGUACUUUUGAUCAAGCUCCAAACGUGACUUCUAUUGCAGUGGACUCUUCCAGAAAGAGGAAGUCCCGGAGCAGGCGUGAUGGUACUAGCGUAGCUGAGACUCUGAAGAAGUGGAAAGAAUAUAAUGAACACCUUGAUGCUAGUGGUGAUGGUGGAAAACCAGCAAGGAAAGUUCCUGCAAAGGGAUCAAAAAAAGGUUGUAUGAAGGGUAAAGGAGGACCUGAGAAUUCGAGGUGCAACUAUAGAGGUGUUAGGCAGAGGACAUGGGGCAAAUGGGUUGCUGAGAUUAGGGAGCCAAACAGGGGAAGUAGGCUGUGGCUUGGCACUUUCCCUACUGCAGUUGAAGCUGCACUUGCAUAUGAUGAAGCUGCAAAGGCUAUGUAUGGCCCGUGUGCGCUCCUAAAUCUUCCACAUGCAGAGGACCUAGUUUGUUUUGGGACUGCCUCAGGAUCUUCAGUAGCAACACCUUCUGGCUCAGACUCGACAACGACAUCCAGUCACUCUGAAGUAUGUGCAGCAGAUGAUAUUAAGCAAGAGUUUGUUGCUAUCCCUGGUUUGAAGAAAGAAGAUGGACAAGGGGAAGCUCGACCCAAUGCUUAUCCUCAUGCAGUUAUUGAGACUGCAACUCCAAGUAGUACAAUGAAACUAGAAGCAAAAGAUGGGGAUGCAAAUAUCAAAAAGCUCCAUUCGGGUGAAUAUCAUGGUAUCAAAGGAGAAGCAGUUGAUUAUUCCAAAGAUGUUAAAUCAGAAGGGAAGGAGGACGAGUCACAGGAUUACUGGCAGACAUUUUCAAUGGAUGAAAUGUUUGAUGUGGAUGACCUUUUAGGUGCUAUAGACAACGAUCCUCUUGUUGGCACAGGAUUGAAGCAAGAAUUUGACUAUCCUCCAGUUCAAGUAGGGAUAACAGAUAGCCGUUUGCAGAGUGAGAAAUCAUCAGCUUUAGCAUACCAACUGCAGAACCCGGACGCUAAGUUGCUUGGUAGUCUCCAUCAUAUGGAGCAGUUGCCUUCAACUGUUGAUUAUGGUCUUGCUCUCUUGCAAGCACAAGAGCACGGGGAUAACAAUAUUGAGUUGGACGGUCAAGGAUUUAUGGAUAUGGAUAUAGGAUUGGAAGAUUUAGACUUUUGAGGAGAUGGAACAUAGGGAAUUGCGUAGCAUCAAGUAGCAAAAGCUAGAAUGUUGGUGGAUUGAAGUUUUUAUUUCUUCCUUCUAGUUUUGAAUACAGUCAUGCUGGUCCCUGAGGUGUUGAUUCAAAGGGGACUUGAGUUGUGGAUGUGCUAAAUCUCAGUGGUUUUUUAGAAUGGAGAAUUUAGCCAUGACAUUUUCUCUUUUUAUCAAUGGAAAAGGGGUUUGCUAAGUUUUAUGGCUACCCAUUUGAGUGAAAAAGUUUUUCAUAUAAAAUUCUUUUUUGUAUAUAGACAUGGAGAGUUGAGUGCGUCUUUAGAGGUUUUGUAAAUUUAAUUGAAGUUUUAGUUUAAUUUGACUCUUUUUGAGUUGCUCUCUC